AUGACCCUGAUAUAUGAUCAAUUUGGCGACAGAGGCCUGGAAGAGCAGAAUUCUUCCGACCUGAAGAGCCGAGGAUACGGAGAAAUCCUAAGGAUCUCACGUUCCACUAAGAUGUCACUCGUCUCAGUCUGGACAUGGGGUUUUCAGGCAAUAAAUGUAUCGGAAGCGGCUCGACUCAAAUUCAACCUGGUCGUACUGCCAGCCCCCGUCACUAUCAAUCACAAGCUAUUCGACUGCCAACACCGGAAGUUAUCCUGGCGAGCAGUGAAAGCGUAUAUGGCAAAGGCAGGAACAUCGUCCCGAGAGACGUCCAUGAUUUUCUGUUUGGCCCCACACAGAUAUUCCAUGUCGUAA